CUUGUCUCUUCUUUAUCCAGCGGCUCAUCUUUUCAUUCCCAGCGGUUGUUACAUCGCAGGGUAUAAAAAAUAUCCUACCCCCAGAAAUCACAGUUUAAGCAACGAUUUUAUCAUCACGCAUUUGUUUUUUUUCUUCCUUUUUUUCUUCUUAACCUUGCGUUCCUUCAGCUCUGUGGGUGUAGUAUAGCGUGCGCCAGUCGUAUCGGCAGUCAGGAACAAGAUGGACAUGGAACAGCUAAAAGACCAGUGGGUUGUAGCGGAGGAGCAGGAUGGUGUUCGUUUGAGUUGGAACGUCUUUCCCAGCAAUCGUCUAGAAUCUAGUCGGCUCGUUGUUCCUAUCGGUGUCCUCUACACUCCCUUGAAAGAAAAGGAGCAGCCUCCUGUUCAGUAUGAGCCGGUAACAUGCAAAGCACCAUGCCGGGCUGUUCUAAACCCAUACUGCCAAGUGGAUUCCCGUGCGAAGCUUUGGAUCUGCCCCUUCUGUUUGCAGAGGAACCAACUCCCGCCUCAUUAUAAAGACAUCGGUCCGAACUCAUGGCCACUCGAAUUGUCUCCCGCUUUUUCUACAAUCGAGUACAAGCUGGCCCGGCCGGCCCCGGCACCCCCGAUAUUCUUGUUCGUGGUGGACACCUGCCAGGAGGAGGAUUCCUUGAAGGCUCUCAAGGACUCUUUGAUCAUGAGCUUGAGCUUGCUCCCUCCACAUGCACUUGUCGGGUUGAUAACCUAUGGCACUAUGGCACAUGUUCACGAGCUUGGUUACACCGAAUGCGCUAAAUCCUAUGUUUUUCGGGGAAACAAGGAGUAUUCUGCCAAGCAGGUGCAGGAGAUGCUCGGACUCCUUGCUGCUGGUCUUCGUCCUCAGCAGGCACCUAUGGCGCCCGGACGUCCUCAGCCCCACAUGCCGCCAUCCUCACGCUUCCUUUUGCCUGUCCAGCAGUGCGAGUUUCAAUUGACGAAUGUUCUCGAGCAGCUUCAAAAGGAUCCCUGGCCUGUGGCUAAUGACAAGCGUCCGUUGAGAUGUACUGGUGUUGCGUUGAGUGUUGCGGUUGGACUGUUGGAGACUUCUUUUGCAAAUACUGGCGCUAGGAUCAUGCUGUUUGCAGGGGGGCCUGGAACCGAAGGGCCCGGAAUUGUUGUUGGGCCGGAGCUUAGAGAACCCAUUAGAUCUCACCACGACAUUGAGAGGGACAAUAUCAAGUACCAUAAAAAAGCUACCAAGUUCUACGAAAAUAUGGCUAGGAGAACCGCACACAACGGUCAUAUCAUCGAUAUCUUCGCUGGCUGUUUGGAUCAGGUUGGGCUGUUGGAAAUGAAAUCGCUUGCCAACUCUACCGGUGGACAUAUGAUCCUUACCGAUAGUUUUACAUCCUCUAUGUUCAGGCAGAGUUUUGUCAAGAUUUUCGAUAAGGAUACCGCCGACAAUCUCCUGAUGGGCUUUAAUGCUUCGUUGGAGGUUUUGACUACUAAGGAAUUGAAGGUCACUGGUUUGAUUGGUCAUGCAGUUUCGAUGAACAAGAAGUCAACCUCCGUUGGUGAGACUGAAUGUGGUAUUGGUAAUACCUGCUCUUGGAAGAUGUGUGGACUCAGUCCCACAACCUCAGUCGCGACCUACUUUGAGAUUGCCUCCCAAGCAGGCCCUGCUCAACAGCAACAAGGGCCCCAGAAGGGUCUUAUUCAAUAUCUGACCUAUUAUCAACACUCUUCCGGCCAAUUCCAUCUAAGAGUUACAACCAUUGGUCGUGAUCUUAGCGGCCCCACUGGUGAUCCGUCGAUUGCCCACUCCUUUGAUCAGGAAACUGCGGCUGUGCUCAUGGCCAGAAUUGCUGUCUUCAAGGCAGAGGUCGAUGACGGUCCGGACGUGUUGAGAUGGGUUGAUCGAAUGCUUAUCAGAUUGUGCUCGAGGUUUGCAGACUACCGCAAGGAUGAUCCUACAUCAUUCAGACUAGAGAAGAACUUCACUUUGUACCCACAAUUUGUCUUCCACCUGCGUCGUAGUCAAUUUUUGCAGGUCUUCAACAACUCCCCUGACGAAACAGCUUUCUACCGGCAUGUCAUUAAUCGCGAAGAUGUUGGAAACUCUCUUAUCAUGAUCCAGCCCACCCUUGAUACAUACACCUUCGAUGAACCGCCUCGUCCUGUCCUUCUGGAUUCUACAUCUAUCCAGCCUAAUCACAUCUUACUACUCGACACCUUCUUCCACAUUCUUAUCUUCCACGGUGAGACCAUUGCCGAGUGGAAGAAGGUUGGAUACCAAGACCAAGAAGGAUACGAGAACUUCAAGGAACUAUUGGAGUUGCCUAAGGAAGACGCUAGGGAGCUGAUCGCUGACCGCUUCCCACUACCACGAUUCAUCGUCUGUGAUGCUGGUGGCUCCCAAGCACGCUUCCUCCUGUCAAAACUUAACCCAUCGACAACCCACACAUCCGGUGGAUACGGUGGCGUUCCGCAAAACGCCCAGACUAUAUUCACCGAUGACGUCUCACUACAAACAUUUAUGGAACAUCUAAUGAAACUUGCUGUUACUGGAACCAACUAGACUCGGCCUUUUUACACAAAUGGAGGCUCCUUUGUUCUUUUUUCUUACUAGUUUAACGUGGGAGGGAGGGAGUGGUUGUAGUUCUUGUGUUCAUCAAUUUUACUAUAUUUUCCACUUUUUGCUCCGUUUCCCCCCACCUCUUUAAGUUGAAUAGAGGUGGGGUUGUCGUUUCACGCGAACUUAUCUUGAGAAUUCCGUUGUUCCUUUCUUAUGUCUGGUUGUGGAAGUCGAUGAGAAACGAACAUGACAUAAAAGGAGGGUUGGCGGGUAUGAUGGCGUGUCUGGCUGGCAUGGAAAGUGGAAAGGGGGGGGAUAUGGUAUCAUCAAUACCGAUUGAAUGGAUUUAGUUUUCGUCA